UAAGUGGCCACCAAUGUCGCCUAACGGGUUGAACGGCAAUGCUUUCUGCAAGCAAUAUCAUCUGCAGUUUUAGUAACGGGUAAUUCACAGGGCUCUUAAAGAGCUACGAACACGUUUCCCAUUUAAAUUUCACAAUCGAUACGCGUCAGAGGAAGUGGCAGAGGCUGCGCUGACUUUAUCUUUUAAUCGCGUUUUGCUUCUCAAUUUCCCACGCACGGUGAAAAUGGAAGAACACUGAAUAAACUGUAGCAUGUUAGUCAUGCUGCUUUCCUGCCUUCUAACAGGUACGUCAUUUUUAUGUAACCUUAAACAGGUAGGUGAAGACUUCUGCUCUCAUUCUGUCUAUAGCAGAAAACACAACACAAAGCCAAACUCCAGUGUAGGUUUUGAAAUAACAGCUGUACUCUGAGGAUACAGAACUUGACCUUCUUCAGGAAAAACAAGAGAUUGAUUGUGUAGUGUGUCAGGUUGCUGAACCAAAUAAAUGACGCAAACCCAUGGUGUUAUGUCUCAACAUGUCAUGGCAUUUCUAAAGCUUAAAAAGUUGUACCUCCAUGCACGGCCACAUAAGAAUGAUUAAAUCUGUCACUGAACUUUUCCACUUAAAAACAAAAUAACAACAGCAAGUACCAUAGCAAGACUACCAACCCAAAUAAACCUACACUAAUAAAUAUCAUAAAACCAUCAGUACUGUGGCUAAUAUUUUAUACAUUUAAGAAGUAUGGAAGUAAUUACUCUUCAUUUUAAUUAUCAGUGGAAUUUGAGGCAGACAUUUCAACAAUGUGGGGGAUUUCCCUGCUGAAAAAAGUUCAGAUCUCUGAAGAGAGCUGUGCAUGGUGUUUUUUUUGUUCCACUCAUUGGACAAAGAGGUCACUUCCUCUGUGGCAGAAGCAGACAAAUGAAGUAGACAGAGGCAGGAGUCAUAUGGCAGAGGAACCGAAAACCCCAAAGCUGCUUUCACAUCAGCUUCUCAGUCCUAUCGAGAUUGUGUAUACCAAUAUGGUGGAGUCCUGGGCGUAUGAUCUGAAAAACCACUCCCCCCAUGCUUGUGUGUGACCCCAGUGCCUGCUGACCAUUUCUUGCAUCAGCCUCUCACAUAUCUUUUUGCAUAGGCAGCUAGUGAGUUAAUCAGCAUGAAUUUAUUGGUGAACCUUCUGAAAUCUGCUGCUUUUGCUUCCUUCUUAUAAGAAUGGAACUUUUUCACUCACCAUCCACCUAAAUUUAUACCUAUUUUUGUUAUAUGUUGGCUACAGUUAUAUGUUUUGCCUAAAUUACAGGCAACAAUUAAAAUUUUAAGCGAGAUACAAACUAUCAGUAAAUAACAAUGUAAUGUACUGAACAGUUCUGAUUGAGGGUCCUGCAUGCAUUUGGAAUGUAUUUGUGUUUUUGUCAUCAAAGAGUGUAAGCAAAUGGGUAAUGAUUUGCUACUUAUUGUAUUUUUAAUUGAUUUAGCUCCAUUUUUUCCUACUGUGUUAUUCUUGGAAACCUUCUUGCUUUGGGUUGUGCUAACUGUAGUUUGCAUAGUGUGUUGUUUAUUCAUUUACAGAUAUUUAUAAUAAGAAAAACAAGUAUUGCUCUCAGUUUCUCUUCCUCUGAUUUAAAAUCCAAUUUGGAUUUCAACUGGGCCCUUGCCAAAAAAACAUUAGUAAGGGGUGUGCCUGUGUGUCCUGUGAAGUAGCAAUAAAUGCCUCCUGUUAUUUGUGUGUCUGAUUGUUCUGACCCAGCCCUGGCCCAUGACACACAACUGGCUCUUGUUGGUGACGAUGUUCAUCUCCACUGCCCCUGCCCAGCAAGUACAGGGGACCCAUACCUGGUCUGGCAGAUUGGACUAACCGUUGUUGCCCAGUAUGUCCAACGGUUUGGCAACGUGACUGUACCGGAUCAAAGCAGGACCCACCUUUAUUACCAACAAAAUCAUAAGAACUGCUCUCUGCUGCUCCGCAAUGUAUCUGUGUUUGAUGAGCACACCUACAGCUGCUUCUACAGGAAUGGAGAUAUAGUUGAAACAAAGGUGUCACUCCAGGUGGUUGCAAACUAUACUCUCCAGUUGGAUGUGAAUGGGAUGAAUUCUGGAACAGGGAAAUACCACUGCCAGGCAAGGGGAGGAUACCCACUGGGGAGACUGUUUUGGCUGCGCAAUGGGGAGCCUAUUGUGGCUAACUCUACACAGGACCAGGACAAUUUUUCUCAGCUGUAUACCCUGACCAGCACACUAUCCAUCAGCAUGGAUAAUGGCACCAUUCUAAAGUGUGUGGUGGAGAAUCCCAGACUGCACCUCAAUGCCACUGCUGAAGUUCUUCCCGCUCCCUCUGCCAUCACCCCCACGAUGAAGCAGAUUCAAGAACAAAUCACAGCUGUCAGUGUGGUUCCCAUCACAGUAGGGAUUUUGACCAGUAUCCUGAUAGUCACAGUACUGCUGAUCAAGCAUUACAGGAGGCAGCAUCUGACUCAAAUGGGCUAUACUGGAGCAUCAUGGGUGGUCUGAGUAUGGGAAAUAAGAGACAUAAUUAAUCUAAGGACUCUCUAAGCAGAGGAGCCAGUCCACAAAUGACUCAUCGGUGACCCCAUGGCGGACUGUGGAGGGAACUGCAUUAGUGGAUGAUGGAAGCUUCCAGAUUUGACUACAUCUACCUACAUCUGAGCCAGUGACAACAAGCUAAAGAAACCCAGAUACUGACGCCUAAGCUAGUUUCAUUAUGCAAUGCAUGAUGACUUUCUCAUUCAAAUUGAAUAGUUUAAUUUGGCAACAAGAAUCUGGAUCACCUCCUAAACCUGUUAUUCUAGAAAUGUAUGUAUACACUCACUGCCUACAAUAUUAGGAACACCUGGACACUUCAGGUAAAUAUCUAAACAGCCAAUCAUGUGACAGCAGCUCAGUGCAUGAAUUCAUGCAGAUUUGGGCCAAGAGCUUCAGAUAUAGGUCAGAUCAAACAUAAGAAUAAGGGGAAAUUAGAUAUAUGUGAUAUAAGUAAAGUUUUUCAGAAACUGCUGAUCUCCUGGGAUUUUCAUCACUUUCUAUAGUUUACACAGAAUGGUGUAAAAAACUCCAGUAAAUAGCAGUUCUAUGGAAAGAAACAUAUUAUUGAUGAGAGAAAUCAGAGGAUAAUGGGUAGACUGCUCAUAGGAAGGCUUCAAUAACUCAAAUAACCACUCAUUACUACAGUGAUGAACGAAAAAAGUAUGUCUGAACACAACUUGCUGAACCUUGAGGUGCAUGGACUACAAUGGCAGAAGACCAUAUUGGAUUCCUAUCAGUUAAGAACAGGAAACUGAGACUACAGUGCUUACAGGCUCAUGUAAACUGAACUGCUGAUGACUGGAAAAAUGUCACCUGGUCUGUUGAAUAUCAAUUUGUGCUGCAACAUGGAGAAGAGGUGGUAAAAAUUUGGUGUAAACAGCACAAAUUCAUGGACCCAACCUGCCUUGUGUCGACAGUCCAGGGUGCCUGUUGGUGGUAUACUGUGGAUUGUACACUAUGUCAUAAAUCAUAUGUCAUUUCAGUCUGAUUCUGUGAACAUGGUAGUGUACUUCAAUGGCCUUCCAAUUACCAGAUCUGAGCCCAGCAGAGCACCUUCGGGAUUUGGUGGAAUGGGAAAUUUAGAGCAUGAAUGUACAACAAAUCUGCAGCCAUUAUGUGAUGCCGUUAAGUCAACAUAGACCCAAUGUUCUCAACACUUAACUGAGUCCUUGCCAUGAAGAACAGACCAAAGUUGAGGCCUACCCAGUAUUAGAAUGGUAUUCCUAAUGAAGUGGCCAAUGAGUGUAUAUACGGUAAUAUGGUGGGAGUGUACAGUAUAUGUGGCUGUGUGUCUCACGGAGAUGGAAUUUAAUCAUGUAAGGGUCAAACUGUAAAUAUAUCCAAAAAUCGACUAACUAUUCCAUCCGUCUAUCCAUUAAUUUUAUAUUCAACUUUAUUACACCCUCUUACAGUAUAAUCAUACAUAACGUGGUAUUGUUACAAUAUAGAGGGUAGAGAUUCAUUGUGCAUCCUAGCCUUGUAACCUUUAACAUAAUUACCAGUUUUCACUGAACACUGUUCUGUCUGCCAGGCUUAAUUCCCUGUUGUAUUCCUUAAGAUAUUCAGGAUGAACCUCUAUGGAUUCAUUCCCUGAUAAAUUAAAUCUCUUUUUUGUAUAAAGUCCACUCAUAAUUCUUUAAAGUGUGACACUGAUCAUCCUACAAUCUCUUAGCCAGUCUGUGACAUGGAAGAAUGCAUGGUAAAGGUAUAUUAAGUAAUUUCAUCUUGGAUAUUAUAUGACUUUUUAUUGUUGUGCUCAUUAUUGCUUUUUUCCCCCAAGUACAUCCAGAUGUGACCAGCAGUUAUUUGAAAAUAUAAACACAAAUUACGACUA